AGAGAAAAAAAGUAUCCGACAUUACUGACAGAUUUAUGAGCCAAUUGCGAACCAUCGCCUGAAGGCUACAUGAUUUGAUCCCGGCAGAGAAGAAGUGCUUGUUUGAAUUAGCCCAUCUGAACAAAGGGAUCCAGGGGAUGUACAACAUUGUAUUAGACUGUGUUUGAUCGCGGCUGUUUUUUUAAAAAAAUAAUAUUAUUUGGGGUGCUUCUAAUUUAAGAUUUCGGCAACCUGGAGGAUUUACUUCGUUAGCAGCACCGCGAAAAAAUGUUUCCUCACAACCGUUCGUCGUCUAGCAGUGUGCACAUCUGCAGCGGUCAGGCAAGGUGGAUGCAGAGUGUGGCACCCAUAUGUACAGAGCAGGUUGGCCGUCUCUGCUCGGAGGAGCGCUGAUGUGGCAGGAAGAUGGCAGGUAGACCUACAGUUACUGGGGCUGGUGGUGAGCACCAGGUUCCACCAUCUGCUACCCCAGCAGCAGCAUCCCAAACAUUAAAAUUCACCUUCCCAGAAACAUUGGAUCGGAUUAAGGAAGAGUUCCAGUUUCUGCAGGCACAGUACCACAGCCUUAAGAUGGAAUGUGAAAAACUGGCCAGCGAGAAGACAGAGAUGCAGCGACAUUAUGUGAUGUACUAUGAGAUGUCAUAUGGCCUCAAUCUUGAGAUGCAUAAACAAACGGAAAUUGCAAAGAGACUGAAUGUGAUCUGUGCCCAGCUCCUCCCUUACUUAUCACAGGAACAUCAACAACAGGUAAUCCAGACCAUAGAACGUGCAAAGCAGGUGACCAUGGGUGAAUUAAAUGCUGCCAUUGGUGUCCGAGGACUUCCCAUUCUACCACCCCCACACCACUUCCAACCCCAACAGCUGUCUCAUCAUGCUUCUCCAUUCCCACUCACCCUUCACCCAUCAGGACUGCAGCUUCCUGCCAUGUCUUCAAUCGGUGCCAGCUCAGGUCUCCUGGCGCUCUCCAAUGCACUGGCAGCUCACCCCCCAUUUGCACUUAAAGAAGACAAGAACCAUCAAGAUCCGGAGCAUCGACGAGACAGAGACCAAGGCUCAAGCUCCGUCCACUCAUCCAACGGGGACAAGCCAAGGAACUCGACUGAAUACCCUAACCACCUGAAGAAAAAGAAGACAGAGGAGAGAGAUUCGGUGAAUGAUUAUGACAGCGAUGAAGACAAGAGUGAUGAUAAUCUUGUUGUUGACGUUUCAAAUGAGGAACCUUCAUCGCCUUACAGCAGUCCUUCCCAAGCAGCACAUGAAAAUGGAUUAGACAAACUGCAUGUGAGGAGAAAGAACCAAGUGAAUAGCCCCAACUCCUUGGUUUCCACGAGUAGCCCUCCUCCUCCCCCUCCCCCUCCUCCUUUAAAGAGUAAAGACCCAGUUGUGAAUGAGAAAACCAGUACACCUGGUCUUAAGUCGAAUAUACCAGCAUCACGGAGCGAUUCCGCAACCCCUGGAACUAGUGGCACGUCACAGCUCUGUUCAGCUUCUAGCAAAGCCGGGACUGAUCCUUUGGCAUUAGGCUUAAAAACACCCCUGUCAGUACAGGGUGCUUUCCCUGUCCCGUUCGGCAUGGUCCACACUGCAGUCAAUGGUGGGAUUGCUGGUGCCAAUGCCUACGCUGGUUUACACUUCGCUUCCCCUCAGCUCAAUGGCGGAGCCUCAGCCUCCACGUUUGGACGCUCAUCUGUGGCUGGGUUUGAACCUCACUCUCACAAACGAGGCCCAGGACUUCCUGGGAGCCUAUCGGCAGCAACAGCAGGAAAACCCGCCUACUCGUUCCACGUUGGAGCAGACAGACAGAUGCAGCCUGUUGCUUUCCCGACUGAUGCUCUCACAGGCCCGGGCAUCCCACGACAUGCUCGACAGAUCAACAACCUUCCCCAUGGAGAGGUGGUGUGUGCUGUAGCCGUCAGUAACUUCACAAAGCACGUGUACACUGGGGGAAAAGGCUGCGUGAAAGUGUGGGAUAUCAGUCAGCCAGGAAACAGGAGCCCGGUCUCACAGCUGGAUUGUCUGAACAGAGAAAAUUACAUCCGUACCUGUAAACUCUUCCCUGAUGGACGUAGUCUGAUUGUGGGUGGAGAAGCCAACACCAUUUCCAUCUGGGAUCUCGCAGCUCCAAGCCCACGAAUAAAAGCUGAGUUGACCUCGUCAGCCCCCGCUUGCUAUGCACUGGCAAUUAGCCCAGAUGCUAAAGUCUGUUUCUCCUGCUGCAGUGAUGGAAGUAUUUUUGUCUGGGAUUUGCAUAACGAGACACUCAUUAGGCAGUUCCAAGGCCACUCUGAUGGUGUCAGCUGCACUGACAUUUCUAAUGAUGGGACCAAGCUAUGGACUGGAGCACUGGACAACACGGUCAGGUGCUGGGACCUGAGGGAGGGGCGCCAGGUGCAUCAACAUGAUUUUGCAUCACAGAUCUUUGCACUAGGAUGUUGCCCAACAGGGGGAUGGCUAGCUGUCGGCACAGAGAGCAGCAAUGUAGAGGUUUUACAUGUCAACAAACCGGAUAAAUAUCAGCUUCACCUUCAUGAAAGCUGUGUUUUGUCACUCAAAUUUGCCUAUUGUGGUAAAUGGUUUGUAAGCACUGGAAAAGACAACCUUCUAAAUGCAUGGAGAGUACCAUAUGGAGCAAGUAUAUUCCAGUCCAAAGAAUCAUCGUCUGUGCUAUGCUGUGACAUCUCCGUUGAUGACCAAUAUGUUGUUACUGGCUCGGGGGACAAGAAGGCCACGGUGUAUGAAGUAAUUUACUGAGGAGUCAAUUCUUUGUUGGAGGAGAUGCAAUGGCGGGGGAGCCUUUAAUCUUGAGAAGAGACCUUGAACCUGGAUCGGUGAACCAUAUUACCCAAGGAUCACGUUUAAUGGAGUCUCUGUCCUUGCUGGAAGACUAUCUGAUGUGGCCUUGACUUGGAUGUUGAAAUUUAACUUUGACUUGCUUUGACAAAAGAGGAUAUAUGAGUAGACCAAAAUGGUGGAUGCUCAACUGAAGAGGAAGGGUUUCUUUACUCGGCCCAGCUAACUCCAGAUUUGAUGUUAAUGUUUUGGGUAACAUUAAUUGUAAAUUUUUUUUUCUUCAUUUUUGCUAUCUGUAACUUUAAAAUCCAUUGUUCGGUUUGGUCAUUUGAUGGGGGGAGUAUGAAGCUGCUUGAUUGUUAAGUCAGUGGCAACUCCCCAUCAGCGUGCUGCCCCUUGGAUCCGAGAAGAUCUUUACAGCAACAGAACUUUGUGUCCUAAUAUUUUCACAAUGAGUUAGGCUUUAAAACAUAUUUAUGAAGCUGCAACUUUUUUUUAUGGUGUGCUGUUCGUUCUUCGUAGAACAGCGUGAAACAGGAAAUCCUGGUUCGCUCUCCUCUCUUUCCUAGUCACUCCCCCCACUGAUAUAAACUAGCGUUUUUAAAUGUAAGCUUUCUAUAGACAGACGGUCAAAUGUGACCAUAGGAGCUGCCUGUUUUGAAAAUUUGGCUCCAGGUUGUAUUUGCCCACUCUUAGUUCAAGGCUUUCAUUGAUUUGAUGCUCUUGCCUACCAGCUGGCAUGGCUAAUUCUCUGCCAUGCCAAAGACUAUAAUUAACACCAUUGUGCAAAAGGAUUGCUACACUGCGGACAUUGCCUAUGGAGCAAUCCAUCUUUUGGUUAAGCUAUAGGUAAAUCUUUGAGGAAGCAAGGGGAGAGCACAGGGAUUGCACUUAGUGCAGUAGACCAUAAAUGUGAUGUCAUGAAAUAGACUGUUUAUAGAAUUCAAAAAAAAGAAGUUGAACCAUCAAUAUAUUCCAUUCACCAAAAAAUAGUUUAUAUAUUUAUGUCCCUUGUGGGUACAACUGUUGUCCAGGAGCUGAAGAGCUACUGAAUACACUGUGGAUGCCUAUAUUCCACAGCACAAGUGAAAGGAAUCCACACCGUUUUCAACUGGAGGAUCACAAGCCAUUAGAGUCCAUCCAUGUACAGUUGGAUUUAGAAGCUGAACAUUUAUUCCAUUUCUGUUUUCUGAAACUAGGGCUACAGCCAUUUAAUAAUGUUGUUAAUAUAAUGGAAGACAGUAUGAUGCUAUUGCCAACACAGUUUGGGUUUGGAAGGGAAUCAUCAUGCUUUUUUUUAAAAAAAAAAGGAUUUUGGAUUUCUUUACUUUUGGAAAUUUUUUUCCUUCAAAGCAAGUGGACAGCUAUUGCAAUGAGAUGGCCUGUAAAUUUUAGGCUAAGUAUCCUAUUCUGUUUGCAUCUGGCAAUAGGGUGAUGUUUUUUCCUUCUCUAACUUGCAAUAGUUAGUUCCAAUUCAGACACUGGGCUUGAGAGCGAUGAGUGUGAUAUGUGCCAUUUAAUGUGUUUUCUCUCCUACUCCUUUCUUACCCACCCACAACAUUUAAAAGCAAUGAUGUCGAUAAUAUUUUUCCUGUUUCCUUCCUCAGUACCUUUGCAACUCACCAUUCAUCAAAAUGCUGACUCUUUGCACAAAUACAGUUCCGCAUUAUUUACUUUACAGUAUUUUUCCCAAUCUUUUGUGUGUGCCCGACCGGUGUGUCCCCAUAAGAUUGCCAGACCUGGGAGGAUACUGUCUGUGCGAGACCCUGUCUUUACCUGACAUCUGACCAAGCCUACUUUCCAGCAGAAGUUGCUAGUGAUCAGGAAUAAGAACCAAAGUCCAAUUCUCUCCUUAUUUCUCCCCAAACCACAACCUCCUCAAAAUUAGUGCUGAGGCCAAUUGGGGUGCCACUUGCUAACCCUAAAAUCAGCUAAUUCAGCACAGUGAUCAGGUCAGUGAUCAAACUGGGUCCUUCCUGGCCUGCAUGCUUCAUAUCCUGGUCUGGAAGUGCACUUACCAACCCAGUUUUCAUUGGCUUUUGAAGGUAAAUUGUUUGGGAUCUUACUAAUGGAAUGUUGCAACCUGUUUCCCAGGACCUUUAAUGUGGGGGUUCAGAGGGGCUUGCAAUGGUCCUGUCAUUGCCCACCCAGCUUUAUGACAUGAAAUUUCUAAUAACUCUUUGCAUUUCCCAGAUGGACCAAAAUGAACAGCCUGUAGGUUGGUGACUUUAUUUUUAAACACUUACAAACAUGCAUGCUUAGUAUCGGAUUUUUGCCCCUUUGGGGAACAUAGUCAAGUGCAGCUAUUCCCUGAGUGGUGACUAAUUUGGGCAAUGUUGUGGGUCUUCAGGGUAUGAGAAAGUUGGGAUCUUUCCCCAAAGGUUGGGAAAAAAAACUGUUGAGUAGCAUGCAUAGCAGAGCAUAAACCAAAUAAACAGUCCUGCUAUGUCACACUUACAUUAUUUUAUUCUAACCCUUUUCCAUUCGUUAUAUCUGUUUAUGACUAUGUUAUAGACUUUUUUUUUCUCUUGCUUUCUCGUCCUCUGUCACCUUCCAAUUUUGGACUGUUCCGAAGCUAAAUGUGGAUGCUUCUGGUUCAAGUACUAGGAUUGGCGUGCACACCAUAGCAACGUAAUGGGAGCAUUAUAGUUACUGUGAAGACCAGUCUCUUCAGUAAAAUCUAUAGCAAAGAGUCUGCUGCAGUCAACAUCAGCUCUGGACAGUUCAGGUCCAUAGGCAGCUGGUCACUACCUUGGUUGAGUCACUUCCUCUUUUGUAUUAUGGAUGUCCGCAAUGCUAGAAGGUUGUACACUUUUUUUUUUGCCUCCACGGUUAAAAUUAAUGACUGACUGUAUACAUUGUGUGCCCUAAUUAUCCACUUGUAUAUUCUCUUUGGUGACUGUGCCUCGAGCCUUUCUUAUGGAGGAAAGAAAUUGCUAAAUUCUUCUGUAAUACCAACAUUUUUUUUUGUUGCCCAAUAUGGUGAUUUGUAAUGUCCAAAUCCCUUCCAUCUUUCAUGCUUUUGCAUCCCAAUUUGGGAUGAAUUUGUAGUUAAUUCAUUUAAAUUCCCAAUAAACUAUUUUGUAUGUGA